CUGGAGACAAAAGAAUUACUGAAGCUUCCUCUAAGUAUUAGCUGAUCCUAAAAUUAUUCUGCUGCAGAAUUGCAUUUGCCGUAAUGGAUCUUCCAGUGUGUCUGAUAGAAAAUCAGGAAGAAAACAGGCUUGUUGUAAACAAGAAAGCUCUGCAGAUUCUGGAUGAUAUUAACCAACCUGUAGUUGUGGUAGCAAUAGUGGGGAAGUAUCGAACUGGAAAAUCAUACUUGAUGAAUAAACUUGCAGGACAGACAAAUGGUUUUGCACUGGGAUCGACAGUUGAGUCAAAGACAAAAGGUAUCUGGAUGUGGUGUGUUCCACAUCCCACUAUGGAUGGCCAUACCUUGGUGCUUCUGGACACAGAGGGUCUGGGAGAUGUUGAGAAGGGAGAUAGUAAGAACGAUGCAUGGAUAUUUUCCUUAGCUGUUCUGCUAAGCAGCACUCUAAUUUACAAUAGUGUGGGGACCAUUGAUCAACAGGCUAUUGACCAACUGCACUAUGUGACAGAACUCACUGAGCUCAUAAAAGUGAAGUCACCUUCACAAAACGUUGAAGAAAAUGACGGGGCAGACUUUAAGAGAUUCUUCCCAUCAUUCAUCUGGUGUGUCCGUGAUUUUACUUUAGUUUUGGAGAAAGAUGGGAAACCAAUUACAGAAGAUGAUUAUCUGAAGAACUCACUGAUGCUUAAGACAGGCAAUAGUAGAAAGAUUGUAGAGUACAAUCUGCCUAGGGAAUGCAUUCACAAUUACUUUCAUUCCCACAAAUGCUUUGUGUUUGAACGACCAGCAAACAAAGAAGGUCUGAACAAUCUGGAUCAUAUUCCAGAAUCACAACUAGAACCUGGUUUUUUAUGUCAGACAAAGAAAUUCCUGUCAUAUGUAUAUAAAAACAGCAAAAUUAAAACUCUUGCAGGAGGAUACCAAAUGAAUGGAAGAUUACUGGGGAAUCUUGCCGUAACAUACGUGGAGGCUAUUUUAAGUGGCUCAGUUCCUUGCAUGGAGAAUGUAAUAUUGACUCUAGCAGAACUUCAAAAUUCAAGAGCUGUGAAUGAUGCAAUAUCCAAAUACGAAAGCAAGAUGAACGAGAAAAUUGAUCAAUUUCCCACAGAAACACAAGAAGAUUUUUUUAAGCUACACCAAGAAAGUAAAAAAGAAGCUGUUAAAAUCUUUAAGAAUCAGUCUUUCAAAGAUGAAAAUCAAGAAUUUCAGGCUAAGUUUCUUGAGAAGCUGGAAACAAAAUUCAAUAGCUUUUUAAAAUGUAAUGAGGAAAAAUCUAAGAAAAAAUGCCUGGAACUGCUGCAGAACUUGAGUAAAACUAUUGAAACAGAAAUAUUAGAGGGAAAAUACUUCAGACCUGGAGGGUACAUGGAAUUUAUGGAAAAGAAGACAACAAUAGUUGACGAGUAUAACAAAACAGCUGGGGGCCUGCUAAAGGCAUCUGAAACCCUACAGCUCUUCCUCAGUGAAAAGACAACAAUUGAACGAGCCAUAAUGCAGGCAGAUAAAACCCUAACACAAAAAGAAAAGGAAUUAGCAGAACGGGAAGUUAAGAUUAAAGCUGCUGAAAUGAUAAAUAAGUUGAAAAAGGAAAAUGAAAAUAAAAUUAAGGAACUUUUAGAAAUUCAAAAAAAAAGUAAUGAACAGCACAUAGAGCUGCUGAAGAAGAAGACGGAAGAGGAUCGAGAAAAUGUGAAAAGAGAAAAUGAAAAGCUGAUUGAACGAAAACUAGAGGAAAUGAGAAUGUAUGAUCAGUGCAUGACAAGUACACGUGAGCUAGAGAGAGAACUUGAAAACUUUAUGGAAAGAAUGAAGAUAGCAUCACCAGACCCACCACCACCAUGUACCAUAUCCUAAAAAGAGAUCCAAGAGAUAUAAAAUAAAAUGUGGUCAAAAUAGGAAAACAAUGUUCAUUAGUCAGAUCUACAUAGUAAUGUUCAUUAGUCAGAUCUACAUAGUAAUGUUCAUUAGUCAGAUCUACAUAGUAAUGAUCAUCAGUUAGAUCUACAUAGUAAUGAUCAUUAGUUAGAUCUACAUAGUAAUGAUCAUUAAUAGCUCUACUUAGUAAUGUUCAUUAGUCAGAUCUAAAUAGUAAUGUUCAUUAGUCAGAUCUACAUAGUAAUGUUCAUUAGUCAGAUCUACAUAGUAAUGUUCAUUAGUCAGAUCUACAUAGUAAUGUUCAUUAGUCAGAUCUACAUAGUAAUGAUUAUUAGUCAGAUCUACAUAGUAAUGUUC